AUGAAAAAUCAAUGUAAGUUUUCUUUUUUCUUUCUUUUGUCCCCUUGUCCUGGAUCAUCGCAGGAAUAUGCUUGCUACACAUUUCCCCUUGCAACAUCAAUUAUUUUGUCAGGGCAGUAUGAGGAUGAUCUGGAUAAUUGUGAGGAUGUUGUUUAUACCGGUCAGGGUGGAAAUAAUUUACGUGGUAAUAAGCGUCAAAUACAGGAUCAAGUGAUGAAACGUGGUAAUUUGGGACUGAAAAACUGUAUGGAGCAAUGUGUGCCUGUUAGAGUUGUUCGUGGCCACAAGUGUGCAAAUAGUUAUGUGGGCAAAGUUUACACAUAUGAUGGCUUGUACAAGGUUGUUAAUUACUGGGCAGAGAAAGGUGUUUCUGGGUUCACUGUAUAUAAGUUCCGACUAAAGCGGCUUGAAGGGCAGCCUCUACUGACCACGAACCAGGUUCAUUUUGCUCGAGGUCGUAUUCCCAACUCCAUUUCUGAAGUACGCGGGUUGGUGUGCACGGACAUUUCUGGAGGCCUAGAGGAUAUCCCCAUCCCAGCUACCAAUUUGGUUGAUGAUCCACCUGUUGCACCCUCAGGAGUAAAGAGAGCUGAAGAUGUUGUACCAGCUAGUGAUGUGUGA